UCCAGCCCAGAGCCCAUCCAUCUCCCCUUCCCACCCAGCCCAGAGCCCAUCCAUCUCCCCUUUCCACCCAGCCCAGAGCCCAUCCAUCUCCCCUUCCCACCCAGCCCAGAGCCCAUCCAUCUCCCCUUCCCACCCAGCCCAGAGCCCAUCCAUCUCCCCUUCCCAACCAGCCCAGAGCCCAUCCAUCUCCCCUUCCCACCCAGCCCAGAGCCCAUCCAUCUCCCCUUUCCACCCAGCCCAGAGCCCAUCCAUCUCCCCUUCCCACCCAGCCCAGAGCCCAUCCAUCUCCCCUUCUCACCCAGCCCAGAGCCCAUUCAUCUCCCCUUCUCACCCAGCCCAGAGCCCAUCCAUCUCCCCUUCUCACCCAGCCCAGAGCCCAUCCAUAUCCCUUUCUCACCCAGCCCAGAGCCCAUCCAUCUCCCUUCCCACCAGCCCGAGCCCAUCCAUCUCCCUUCUCACCCAGCCAGAGCCCAUCCAUCUCCCCUUCUCACCAGCCCAGAGCCCAUCCAUCUCCCCUUCUCACCCAGCCCAGAGCCCAUCCAUCUCCCCUUCCCACCCAGCCAGAGCCCAUCCAUCUCCCCUUCCCACCCAGCCCAGAGCCCAUCCAUCUCCCCUUCCCACCCAGCCCAGAGCCCAUCCAUCUCCCCUUCUCACCCAGCCCAGAGCCCAUCCAUCUCCCCUUCUCACCCAGCCCAGAGCCCAUCCAUCUCCCCUUCUCACCCAGCCCAGAGCCCAUCCAUCUCCCCUUCUCACCCAGCCCAGAGCCCAUCCAUCUCCCCUUCUCACCCAGCCCAGAGCCCAUCCAUCUCCCCUUCUCACCCAGCCCAGAGCCCAUCCAUCUCCCCUUCUCACCCAGCCCAGAGACCAUCCAUCUCCCCUUCCCACCGAGCCCAGAGCCCAUCCAUCUCCCCUUCUCACCCAGCCAAGGCUGACACUGUUUGUAAGACUUUAUUUUCCUCUCUGUAUGCUACAGGAGGGCAAGUGUCACUGGCUGCCUGGCAUAGGGGUGAGUGUGUGUGUGUGUGUGUGUGUGUGUGUGUGUGUGUGUGUGUGUGUGUGUCUGUGUGCAUGUGUGUGUGAACAUGUGUGAAAAAGUGUGCAGUGUUUGUGUGUAUGUGUUUGUGUGUGUGUGUGUCUGUGUGUGUGUGUGUUUGUGUGAACAUGUGUGUGAAAGUGUGCGUGUUUGUGUGUGUGUGUUUGUGUGUGUGAACAUGUGUGUGUAAGUGUGCGUGUUUGUGUGUGUGUGUAUGUCUGUGUGCGUGUGUGUGUGAACAUGUGUGUGAAAGUGUGUGUGAAAGUGUGUGUGUGUGUGUUUGUGUGUGUUUGUGUGUGUGUGUGCGCAUGGUGGGUGGAUGUCUAUAUGUUGCGUGCUGUGUGUGUGUGUGUGUGUGUGUGUGUGUGUGUGUUUAGCAAGAGAGGAGGAAACUAGCAGCUAACAGACACAGUAACGGCAGUGUGUGUUUACAGUUCAUUAAAACAGGUUUGCAUUAGUCAGCACGUACGCACACACACACACACACACACACACACAUACACACACACGCACACACACACACACGUGUGUGAUUAUUGACUGCAGAGACUUCGAAGUGUGUGUACAUUUACCGACUUCCAGUGUGUGUGUGUGUGUGUGUGUGUGUGUGUGUGUGUGUGUGUCUGUGUGUGUGUGUCUGUGUGUGUGUAAGUACAGACUUACAGACCUUUUUAAUUCCCUUAACUAAAAGUCAACCGUCAGACAGUAUCGAGCUGACUUAAAGGUGAGGGAAACAUGAAAUGCCAUCAAUAAUAAACCAUAAAGCACUGAGCAUCAUCCAGUCUCAUGUUAACUGUCAGCCCAAAGACCCACUGGGAGCUCACAGGCCCUGAAGAAGCUGAUGAGUGGUGAACCCUCAGGCACAAAAUGGCUCCUGAGCUUAACGGCUGCUUCUCACCAUAGGUGUUGGGUCAUGUUAACUGUCAGACCACUGGGACUAUAGAAGCGGAUGUGUGGUGAGCCCUCUGGCACAAAAUGGCUCCUGAGCUUCACCCAAGGCAAUUGGUGGUUGGAUAGUUGUGUGGAUGAUUUGAGGAUGCUUUGUCACACUUUACAUUAAAUCGGUUUUUAAAUAAAGUUUUGUACAAACCACUGGAAUAACAUAGUAUUUGCAUUAGUCUAUGAAUAACGAAUACGAUUCAUUUUUUGUAAGAAAUAUGUAAGAAAUACCUGGUAAAAGUUCAUACAUGCUAUUAUUAUAUACUGUUAGAAUUAUAUACUGUUAGAAUUCUGACCGCAAGGCGCUACAGAGGGUAGUGUGUACGGCCCAGUACAACAAUGGGGCCAAGCUUCCUGCCAUCCAGGACCUCUAUACCAGGCGGUGUCAGAGGAAUGCCCCAAGUCAUAGAAAGUUCUCUCUGCUACCGCAUGGCAAGCGGUACCUGAGCGCCAAGUCUAGGUCCAAAAGGCUCCUUAACAGCUUCUACCCCCAAGCCAUAAGCAUGCUGAACAAUUAAUGAAAUGGCCACCCGUACUAUUUACUUUGACAGUAAAUAUUUUCUUAACACUAUUUCUUGAACUGCAUUGUUGGUUAAAGGCUUGUGAGUAAGCAUUUCACGGUAAGGUCUACAUCUGUUGUAUUUGGCGCAUGUGACUAAUAAAAUAAAAUGUGAUUUGAUUUGAUACCCAAUUGAAAGGAAAAGUGUACUGAAUUGCUGUUGGUAACUUUCCAGUAUUUAAUACAUCUUAGCGUAGUAGGGUGACAGCCUGAGCUUUUGAAAGUUCCAUGAUCCAAACAAAGCAAACAAAGCAAUAUGAAAAUGCUAUUAUAGAAUGAAGAGGAGCUCACUGAAAGAAGACUAUUCUCUUUCUCUCCUCUCUCUCCUCUCUCCUCAGCCUCUCUCUCUCUCUCUAGUCUCAUCUACAAGAUAUAUGAAUGCGAAAGAUGA